GCAUAAGCUGUUCCGUCUUGCUUCCAUUGUUACUCCUUUGGGACUAUUUGUUACCCUGUCCCAUCAUCGGAGCAUCUCUCGUGAUUCUCUCGCUUUCUCUGUUCAUCGUUUUCUUUCGCUAUGCCCAGAAGAAUGGCGGGGGCAAGGAAGAAAGGACAAGCUCCUCAGUACUGUGGGAAUCAACCUUUCCCUCCAAAUUUAUCUUGUGGCAGAAAUUUGAGGAAGAGUGAACUUGGUGCUGUAAUCUUUGGAUGCAAGAACGCCACAAUGAAUGAAUGCCUCUCUAAACAACUCUUUGGCUUACCAGCUCAGCACUUCUCUUAUGUGAAGAAUGUUGAUCCAGGAUUGCCUCUGUUUUUGUUUAAUUAUACUGACCGGAAGCUUCAUGGAAUUUUUGAGGCAGCCAGCAAAGGAAGAAUGUUUAUAGACCCCUAUGGAUGGACUACUGAUGGUUCAGAGAGAACACAAUAUCCUGCACAGGUGCAAAUUUGUGUUCGACUUAAGUGCCAGCCACUGCCCGAAGAUAAAUUCAAAGAAUUACUUGCAGACAACUACUACACUCAUAACCAUUUCUGGUUUGAGCUAGACCAUGAGCAAACAAGCAGACUUAUUUCCUUAUUAUCAUCUCGAUCAAUUGUCUGUGGUAAUUCUGUCUGGCAGAAUACACCAAAUUGGGUGACUUCAUCUCGACCUCUUACAUCAAGUGAGACUUGGAGGGAAGAUGAAACAUUUGAAGAUGAAACAGAGGUGGUUGAGAACGAAAAUGAGGUUAACAGCAUACAUGAAGAUGAGGUUAACAGCGUACAUGAAGAUGAGGUUAACAGCGUACAUGAAGAUGAGGUUAACAGCGUACAUGAAGAUGAGGUUAACAGCGUACAUGAAGAUGAGGUUAACAGUGUACAUGAAAAUGAGGUUAACAGCGUACAUGAAAAUGAGGUUAACAGCGUACAUUUGAAACUGAAGGAGUUAACUGUUAGCUAUCUGGAGCAGAGACUGAUUGAGGCAGAAAGGGAAAUUCAGCAUCUUAAAGAUCGUUGUAAAGUUUUAGAAUCUGCUUGUAAUAUCCCUAAUCGUUUGGAACAUGUUGAGAAGGCAGUNAUAAAGUCGACAGCUGAUUUAGAUCCCAAAGAUUCAUUAUUUUUAAUUGGAGGUUUUGAUGGAAGAUCAUGGUUAGCAACUAUGGAUUUGUACUGUACUUCUCAGAGUGUGACCAAACCUCUUAAGCCUAUGAACUCAGUUCGUUCAUAUGCUUCAGUUGUGCGGUUGAAUAGUGAAAUUUAUGUUUUUGGUGGUGGAAAUGGUUGUGUUUGGUAUGACACAGUUGAAUCAUACAAUCCAGUUCAUGAUAACUGGACCAUGUGCCCCUCUUUGAACAAGAAGAAAGGAAGCUUGUCUGGUGCUGCUUUAUAUGGCAAAAUUUUUGCUGUUGGUGGUGGGAAUGGAGUUGACAUCUAUGCAGAUGUUGAGAUGCUUGAUUUUGAUAUUGGGCGGUGGAUCCCUACACGCUCAAUGCUAAGCAAGAGAUUUGCUCUUGCUGCAGUUGAACUCAACGGGUCAAUUUAUGCCACUGGCGGGUUUGAUGGAAAUGAUUACUUAAGGUCUGCUGAAAGAUUUGAUCCUAGGGAACAUUCUUGGACCAAAAUACCAGACAUGAAUGUAAAGCGGGGCUGCCAUUGCUCAGUUGUUCUGAAUGAAAAGUUGUACGCCCUUGGUGGCUUUGACGGCACAAAAAUGGUUCAAAGUAUCGAGGUGUUUGAUCCUCGUCUUGGAGUAUGGACAAUGGGGGAACCAAUGAUUCAUCCACGGGGUUAUUGUGCUGCUGUAGUUGUCAAUGAAUCCAUUUUUAUGCUUGGUGGAGUUAGGAUUGGCGAGAACAUUGUAGAUACAGUUGAGAAUUAUAAGGUCGGUCAGGGAUGGCAGGAAACUUGCAGAUCAGCAGCUGUUAAUAGGUGUUUCUUGUCAGCUAUUGCUUGCAGUCAGGAGUAAGAAAGUAAGGUUAACUUUGUAUAUAAAUGAGUUUGUUGGAUAUUUCUAAAGGUGUGAACCCUUUCAUUUUUCAUCAACUAAAAUCUGUAGUUGUAAAUGUUUGGUAAUUGACCAUAGAUACUAGGGUUACUAUGCUAAUAGAGUAGUCAUAUAUAGUUUUUUGCAGUCAGAUACUGGGAUGCUACUAGUAUCAACCUAAUUUUGUUAAUAUGCUCCAGUAUAGAUUCUGGCUCAACUUUAUGAUAGUCGUGCAUUAGACCCAUUUUUUUUUUCUGAUAACU